UAAGCGAGGAGGGUAGCAUGUGCAUGAGUGAGGGAUGAGUGGGGAGGGAGGAAGAGAGAGAAGGGGUAGAUAUCAACACAUACCGCGUCACAGCAGCAGAUUGCAGGCAGAACGUCAGAGCAGAGAGGAUAUAGCCGCAUAGAACCAAAGCCAAUACUAUCAUUAGACACUGAUUCAGGAGUAUAGCAUCGGAUACUGUUCUGCCUAAAGCUGGAGACCUACACUGUGUGUGGAAGAGAGGCUGUGCAUGUGAACAGAGAGAACAGCACAGCGUGAUACAGCCCUGGAUAAGUGUGUCGUUAAUGAGAAGAGUUGGGGAGAAUGAGUCUUGACCCUGUUCAGGUCAUGAAGGUGCAAGACCCUAUGCCCAGCACCUGCCUGUCAGCCUCAAACGGUGAUAGCCAAGCAUCCUGGGACGACAGCAAGGAUAUCCAUGAAAAUGUAGAUUCUACAAAGAAGCCCAAAUCAGGACCUGUGAGACGGGCCAGGAAGGUGGAGGGAGGCAUAUUCUUUCCCAAACCAGAGAAUGCGGUCACCAUUGCUGUGUCAUCGCGGGUUCUGUUCCGCACAGAGAAAGAGCAGAAGGUGUUUGAGCAGAAAGGAAUAGAGGAGUACCUCAGGUAUCAGGUGGAGCAUGAAAAUGAGCCCUUUGCUCCAGGCCCAGCAUUCCCAUUUGUUAAGGCACUGGAGGCAGUAAAUAGCCGGUUGCGGGAGCUCUAUCCAGACAGUGAGGAGCUUUUUGAUAUUGUGCUGGUAACCUACAACCAUGCUCAUGUAGGCAUCAGACUCAUCAACACCAUCAACUACCACAGUCUAUUCAUUGAGCGGUUCUGCAUGACAGGAGGUAGCAGCCCCAUUGGGUACCUGAAAGCAUGGCACACAAACUUGUAUUUGUCUGCUGAUGCUGAAAAGGUUCAGGAAGCCCUCGCUGAAGGCAUUGCAGCAGCCACCAUGUUUAUGUCAGAAAAACAAAUCGAGGUGUCCGAGACCCAGCUGAGAGUGGCAUUUGAUGGCGACGCUGUUCUUUUCUCUGACGAGUCUGAGCGUAUUUUUAAAGCCCACGGACUGGACAAGUUCUUCGAGCAUGAGAGGGAAAAUGAAAACAGAUUGUUAGAUCAUGGGCCACUGAAGGGUUUCCUGGAAGUGCUCGGGAAGCUUCAGAAGAAAUUCUACGCUAAAGGCCACCGUAUGGACUGUCCCAUCCGCACCUACCUCGUGACGGCCCGCAGCGCAGCCAGCUCAGGCAUCCGUGCCUUAAAGACUCUCCGUGCCUGGGGACUGGAGAUGGAUGAGGCUCUUUUCCUUGCCGGGGCACCCAAAGGCCCCAUGCUGGAGAAAAUUCGGCCCCACAUCUACUUUGAUGACCAGAUGUUUCACGUGGAGGGUGCUGUAGAGAUGGGUGCCAUUGCUGCCCAUGUGCCCUAUGGGAUUGCACAGAAAUACCCUCAUAAAAAAAGCACCAAUGCAGGAAAAUAACAAAGACGAAUGGGGAAAAUAUAAAGAGGCGCAUUAUGUUCUUAUUUUGGAAGCGACGUUCAAGUUGCAGAUAUCUUUAUUUUGUAAACUCGGUUAUGCACUCAUUGGAUCAGGACCUCAGUAUGCUCUUGACCUUUUUCUGUGACCUAUGCAAGGACACACACACACAACAUUUAACCAGCUAAAGAUUCAACCCAGUAUUGUUCUUCUGCAAUGCCUCAACAUCAGUAAUUCUGUACAUUUCUCAGCGAUGGUUUGUCAAAAUAUACAUGACAUCAACUUACUGUUAAAAUGGAAUGUGUGCUGCUAUUCUUAUAUGUAAAGUGACAAAGGAAAAGGAGUGAUACUGAAAUGGUGUUUACACAGUGUGUGUUUUGAACCGCACUGUAUAAUUCAGCAAUGGACUUUGAAGGGUGUUCUUGUUUAUUGCUGUAGAUGGUGUUGUGUUAGCAAAACUACAGUAUUCUUUUAUGUAAUCUAACGUAUGUGGUUGUCUAUAAUGGAAGGAGUGUUAGUCUGUAAUGUAAUUUUCGAUAUUGAUAAGAAGUCAUAAUAUUUUACAUAUGAGAAGAUGAAAUACUCAGAAUCCAUAUAAAGCCAUGAGUAGUGAAUGACAUAUUUCAUUUUUACACUGUCCUUUUUUUUUGUUUUUCUCAUCUGGAUUCAAUAUACACUACUGUUUAAAAGUUAGUAAUAUAUUUUGAAAGAAAAUCAUAAUUUUAUUAAACAAGGAUGCAUUAGUUUCCACAAAAAUAUUAAGCAGCACAAAUAUUUUCA